AUGACCAAGAAAAGAAGGAACCACGGUCGUGCCCAAAAAGGCCGCGGCCAUAUGCAGCCUAUUCGUUGCACCAACUGCACCCCAUGCGUGCCCAAGGACAAGGCCAUUAAGAAGUUCGUCAUUCGAAACAUAGUAGAGGCCUCCAGCAUUAGGGACAUUUCCGAAGCAAGUGUCUUCGAUGCCUAUGUGCUUCCCAAGCACCUUUAUUUUAUGAGCCCAAACUGGAAACUAUAUUACUGUGUGAGCUGUCCCAUUCACAGCAAGGUAGUCAGGAAUCGUUCUUGUGAAGCCCGGAAGGACCAAACACCCCCACCUCGGUUUAGACCUGCGGGUGCUGCCCCAUGACCUCCA